AUGAGUCAGCGACUGAGUGGGCCCCAGGAGCCACGAUGUCAGGUCGAGGAGGGGACAAUGUGGGUCAGUCCUGAUUAUGCCGACCGAAGGUCACUGCCGCAACAGGUCCUCUGGAGGUUCCAAAAUGAAAUGGCCGUUCUGGUUCACCUCGGCUUGUCAUUGCGCUGUGUUUACGCUUUUGUGUUUAUGCACGUCCGUCUAUAUGAGCCUCUGCGUCGGCUCUCGGAAUCUCUGAGGCCUCGGAGCCUCUACUGGCCAUAG